UGAAUUAACAGCCGAAAUUAAAUUUAAACAAAUUCCAAAAUGGCAAUGUUUAAUGCCGAUUUUGUCACUUCAGGUUGUUCUUCAGCAAUACCUUCCCCUACUUCAUCACCUUCCUCCGCUAGGGCUUUAUCUGAGGGAAAUGCAGCAAAAAAGGGUAGAGGUAGUUCUACAAGCCAUUAUGAAAAUGUAGCUAGUAGUAUUGUUGGAAUUCGGGUUGGUAUUUUUAGACUCAAAUAUAAGAAGGGAUUUUAUGGCGUAGUAACAGUCAGAAAUAUGAAAAUGAAAUGUGUCUUAAUUAAAAAAUUAGAAUUUUUUAAUUAA